AUGAUGUACGGUUUGCUGGAAGUCUUCAAGAUGUUUGAAUGGAACCGUGUGGCCAUCUAUUAUACACCAAAUGAAGUGAACUUCUGCGACACAAUUAUCGACGAUGCUCUUACGGCUUUCAGCGAUGAUUCCACCUACGUGGUAGAUGUGGUGCAGAAGGUUGCGUGGAACGGUCAGGAUGAUGACUACAUCACCGAUCAACUGCUUCGUACUAAGAAAAAUGCA